GCCGCCCGUGCGAAGAUGGCGGCUGAGCUGCAUCCGCGCAGCGGAAAACUGAUCGGUUUAUCAAACUCCAACCGCACCGCUCAACGAAAUCAGCCGGUACAGGAAUUCAAUCACGGCCUGGUCCUCAGUCGGGAGCCGCUGAGGGACCGCGAAGUCUUUACUGUCCGCAUCGACAAGAAGGUGAACUCGUGGAGUGGUUCUAUAGAGAUUGGUGUAACUGCGCUGGACCCAGCUGGUCUGGAAUUUCCCAGCAGUGCCACAGGUCUGAAGGGGGGCUCGUGGAUCGUGUCUGGCUGCUCUGUGUUGAAGGAUGGCCGUUCAGUCCUGGAGGAGUACGGUCGUGACCUGGACCAGUUGGGGGAAGGGGACCGUGUGGGCAUCCAGCGGAAUGGGAAAGGGGAGCUGCAUCUGUGGGUAAACGGGCAGGACUGCGGCACGGCGGCCAGUGGACUUCCAUCCCGUUUGUGGGCCGUGGUUGACCUCUAUGGGAAGUGUACCCAAGUGACUGUGGUGAGCUGUGAACCUCCACCUGAAAUGGAAGGGGAUGAAGAAGAGGAGGUGGAGGAUGAGAUAGUGUCUACGCCAGCAGUGUCCAUAAUGGCAGAUCGUAACCACGAUGAUAGGGCUGGAGAUUUAGUGUUGUCUGUAGCUGGUGCUACAACAGCUCUGAUGAAUGGGUCUGUGGAAGUGUCUGAGGUGUCAAGGACGCACAAUCGGACAGACAAAUUUCCAAACAACUUUGAGCCUGAUAGUGUUUUGACUGAGCAUCAGUUAUUUGAUGUGUUCAACAAUGCCAUUGUCUCUCUUUAUCGGUCCGAGGAUGAAGGUGGAGAGGACUUGGGGGUGGGAGGUGGGAGCUUGGACUCCUCGAGGGGCGGUACAGGAAGUAGUGGUGGAGGAAGAGGAACAGGAAGUGACAGUGGAAUUGGAGCUGCAGGUGGAGGCAGUAGCAGCAAUACCAGCCCAGCCGGGAACUCUGGUGGGGCGACGGGACUUGGGGUGACCCCAGGUGGCAUGACGACCAAUGACGCACUGCUGUUCCACGAGAAGUGUGGCACGCUGAUCAAACUAAGCAACAACAAUAAGACAGCAGAGAGGAGAAGACCGCUGGAUGAGUUUAAUAACGGAGUUGUCAUGACCAAUCGCCCACUCAGGCAUAACGAAAUGUUUGAGAUUCGCAUUGACAAACUGGUUGAUAAAUGGUCUGGUUCCAUUGAAAUUGGAGUGACAACCCACAACCCAAAUAAUCUUGACUACCCUGCAACAAUGACCAAUUUACGCUCAGGCACAAUCAUGAUGAGCGGCUGUGGGAUUUUAACCAAUGGGAAGGGGACCCGUCGAGAAUACUGUGAAUUCAGCCUUGAUGAACUCCAGGAAGGAGAUCAUAUAGGGCUGAUGAGGAAAGCCAGUGGAGCUCUACACUUCUAUAUUAAUGGCAUCGAUCAAGGUGUUGCAGCCAACCAGACCCCUGGUGUAGUGUAUGGAGUGGUGGAUCUCUAUGGCAUGGCAGUGAAGGUCACCAUCGUCCACAACCAUAACCACAGUGACCGUUUACGGCGCAAUAAUGCCAUCAUGAGGGCACUUUCGCCUGAUGUGGGCCGCCCACGGCCUGCUCUCUCAAUGACUCCCGAGCCAGAUAUCCUGGACCGUUUGCUCUUCCAUUCAAACUGUGGGCAGAAAGCUGCAAUCAUCAGUGAUGGCAGGACUGCUUUACGGCCUCAUGCAACGGAUGACUUUAACCAUGGCGUUGUGCUUAGCAACCGUCCGUUGCACUCCAAUGAGGUUUUCCAGGUACGCAUUGACAAGAUGGUGGACAAAUGGGCGGGCUCUAUAGAAAUUGGUGUGACAACUCACAACCCUGCCUACCUUCAGCUACCUUCAACCAUGACCAACCUUCGCUCGGGAACCUGGAUGAUGACAGGAAAUGGCGUUAUGCACAAUGGAACUACGAUUCUUGAUGAAUAUGGGCACAACUUGGACCGCCUCAAAGCUGGAGAUACAGUGGGAGUUGUCCGAAAGGAGGAUGGGAGUUUGCACUUCUUUGUGAACGGAGUGGCUCAGGGCCCCGCAGCCUGGAAUGUUCCGACCAGCGUGUAUGCAGUGGUGGAUCUGUAUGGACAGGCUGCCCAGGCCACCAUCAUGGAUGACAUGGCUGAUCUCCCCCCCUUACCUGAUGACAGUUCUGAGGGUCCUACUGCCAUGUCUCCUGGCAGCCCAUGUUCAGUCUCAGGGGGUACAGCUGCCAACGACCUGCGCUUUCAUCAUCUGAACGGCACAAAUGCAGUUAUUACGAAUGGCGGCCGAACAGCCUUUAGACAAAACUGCCGCAGCGAGUUUAACGAUGCCAUCGUUAUUUCAAACAGGUGCCUUCGAGAAGGAGAGCUCUUUGAAAUUGUGAUUCAGAAAAUGGUUGAUCGCUGGUCAGGCUCAAUAGAAGCAGGAGUGACAGCCAUCAGACCAGAAGAACUGGAGUUCCCCAAUACGAUGACUGACAUUGACUAUGACACAUGGAUGCUGAGUGGCACAGCGAUCAUGCAGGAUGGAAAUACCAUGAGGAAUAACUACGGCUGUGACCUUGACUCUCUGACUACGGGCUCCAGGAUCGGGAUGAUGCGUACAGCAUCUGGAGAUCUUCAUUACUUCAUAAAUGGGGUUGACCAGGGUGUAGCAUGUUCUGGGCUGCCAUCAGAAGUGUAUGCUGUGGUUGAUCUUUAUGGUCAGUGUGUGCAAGUGUCAAUUACAAGUACUUCUGGCCCACUGGAUAACAGUUUCUGUACCAGUAACAUCACAGAGAAGAGCUUCCCCAUACACUCUCCAGUGGCAGGAGUUGCUCAUCGCCUGCACAGCAAACAUGGUAAAAACGUGGUGUUAUUAGGAGAUGGUUGCCAAGCAUUAAGGGUUGGAGGAUAUGCCCAUGGAAUUGUCUUUAGUGCAAAGGAGCUCAAGACGGACGAGGUGUUUGAGGUGAAGAUUAACAAGGUGGAUGAGAGAUGGUCUGGAUCGCUCCAUGUGGGUUUGACCACCCUGCAGCCCUCUGACCUUCCAUCCUGCCCUCUCAGCGGCCUCUCGCCUUCCCUUACCCAGCUGAGGUCAAAGGUCACCUGGGUCCUUGCAGGCUCUGAGGUCAGACGCAACGGAGUGUUGCAGAGACAGAACUAUGGCUGCUCUCUGGACCGCCUCACGGUGGGAAACCGUAUCGGUGUGAAGAGAUGCAGUGACGAUACCAUGCACAUCCUCAUUGAUGGAGAAGACAUGGGACCUGCAGCCACUGCCGUGGCAAAGAAUGUGUAUGCAGUUUUGGACCUGUAUGGAAAAGUGACGACCGUGUCCAUUGUCAGCUCAGCACUAGUGGAGGAUGCGGAGAGUGUGAAAGCUCCCUCGCUCUCCUCCGACAGCUGCAGUGAGGGAGAGGAAGACAGCACUCCUGUCAGAGAGUGUGAGAACGAGCCUCCUCUGGUCCCCACGGUCAUGACAUUUUUGGAAAAUCAUGGGAAAAAUAUACAACUGUCUAAUCAGAACCUUACUGCCGCCCGAGUGUCCAGCUACAACCAGGGAUUAUUGGUCACAGCGCAAGCUUUGCCCCGCCAACAACUUUUCCAGUUUCAGAUAGACCGUUUGAAUCCAUUGUGGACAUCCUCUCUGUCACUGGGUGUGAUUGGUCAUUCACCAGACCGCCUCAACUUCCCUUCUACAGCUUGCUGCCUUAAACGCUCAGUCUGGCUACUGCAACGAGACUCUGUUUUCCACAACUCACUGAAGAUUUGUGAGAAUUAUGGUCCUAACCUGGACACCUGUCCUGAAGGGACAAUUUUGGGGCUGUUGGUAGACAGCAGUGGCUGUCUUCACCUCUAUGUUAACGGCAUGGAUCAGGGCGUGGCAGCCCAGGACAUCCCCAGUCCCUGUUACGCACUUAUCGACCUCUACGGCCAGUGUGAACAAGUGACUAUAGUGGCGAACCAUGUGCCAGUGGUUGGCGGGGAGAGAGAAGACAUGCGUUGUCAAGGAGACAUGGAGAAGGCUGAUAUGGUGGAUGGUAUUAAGGAGAGUGUGUGCUGGACUCCUCCUCCCGAGGUUAAUCCCAAUAAGACGUGCGAGUAUCAGGCGUUAUGCUCCAGAUUUAAAGACCUGCUCACACUGCCUGAUGGUUACUUCAACGAGGAUGCAAAGUAUAAUCUGUGUUUCUGUGAGUCCUGUCACAAAUUACGGGGUGAUGAGGCCUAUUACAAGCGAGGAGAGCCCCCAAGAGACUACGCCCUGCCCUUCGGCUGGUGCCGGUUUGCACUGCAGAUCAAGACCCACUGCGAAGUCUCCAAUGCCUUCAAGAAGUGGCAUAUUGCGUACCAUGGCACUAGCGUCGGCUCCCUUAGACGCAUCCUGGACCACAACCAACUCUUGUCAGCGGAUUCGUCAUCCAUUUUCUCUUCGUCCCCGCUAAAGACAGAGGGUCACUGUAGCUACGGGGAGCCAGAGGAGAACAGCGCCCCAGAGCGUGAGAUCCCCUGUGUGCAGCUUUCUCCAACCAUGCGCUACUCUGGUCUGGAGGUCUUUGCCCCCAAAGUGCAAUUCCGAGACCCACGUUCCCUUCGAUGUCACCAGGCCCAAGUGGGCUUCCAGGUGUGCGUGCGGCCGGGCUCAUACAAAGUGGGGCCGACAUCACUGGGAAUCAGCGAGCCCCUGGACCCUCGAUUCAGCAAUGCAGAGAUUGAAUGGAUCACUAAGGAGAAAGGAGGCACACUUCUCUAUGGCCUGCUCAUACGGGUGGAGUAAAAUAGACACUCAAACGAGGAUAUCGGCAUCAUCUUCCUCACUUCUCCAGUAUCAACCAAAUUUCUGCGCAGCCCCUCUCAGACUCUCAGGAUGACUGAGACGUUGAGGAUUUAGCAAUGUUUUACUUCCCAGGCUCAGUCAUCUCUGCAUGUUGUUUCAGACAAACUUUUGUUUUGCUUUUCUUUUUGAAGAAGGGUGAGACAAAGACACUGCCUGCACUUUAUGUUUCGGACACUGGUGGGUGAUUUUUAGUCUUUCUCAUUAAAACCACUCAGCAGGCUCUCAAUUCACUUUUACCCUGUCUGCGCUGUCUCUCUCUCUCUACAUCUUUAAAUAUGUGUAUCACCCCCUGUGUUUUUGCUUGGAGAGCCCUCGCUUCUGACAGAAAUAAAACUGGACUGAAGGAACACAAGACCACCUAUUUAUAGCACUGCCCUGGAAUUUAUAUUUGUUUGUUUUCUUAAGACUUGCAAUGGGCAAAUCAACCACGAAAAAAAGAGAGACCCAUUUCAAAGAUAACACGAAAUGACAGUGUCAAGAAACCUGAAAACAUGGAAAAAUAUCUCUUAUCAGGAAGACACUACAGCGUCUUUGUUGUUUAUUUCAUCGCUGUAUUUUACUCGCAUUUAAUUCUCAUAAUAGCUGUGUAUUUAUUCCAAAAAUGAAAGGAAUUUUAGGCAAUAUGCAAAAUGUUGAUUAAAAAUGGCCACAAAGGCAAGAAGUUAUCGUAUUGCAAGAAAACUAAAAGGAUUUCUAAUGUUUUUGUGAAUACACAGAAAUGAGUACUGUUUGUUUGAGCCUUUGUUAAGGUAGACACCAUUCGAGAAUGAAAGUGAGGCUGUGAGAGAAAAGAUAAACUGUCUGUUCAAUGGGUUGUAACGUUGCGUACCUUUACAUCGAACAUUCAGCUGAGAAAACACUGAAAAUAUAACAGAUUUUUUUUACGUCAUUUGUUGUUAAAGUUAAUCUUAAAGGGAUAGUUAAUCCAAAAAUGAAAAUUCUCUCAUGCAAUCCCAGAUGUGUAUGACUUUCUUCUGCUGAACACAAACAAAGAUUUAUAGAAGAAUAUUUCAGCUCUGUAGGUCCAUACAAUGCAAGUGAAUGGUGGUCAGAACUUUUAAGCUCCAAAAAUCACAAAGGCAGCAUAAAAAUUAUCCAUACAACUUAAGUGGUUAAAUAUAUUUCUUCAGAAGAGAAUCAGUAUUUACGUCCUUUUUUACUAUAAAUUCUCCUCCCUGCCCAUUAGGUGGCGAUAUGCAUUAAGAUUGCAAAUUGGCAAAAACAAAAGAAGUGUAGAUUUAUAGUAAAAAACGACUUAAAUAUUUAUCCGUUUCUCACCCACACUUAUCAUAUCACUUCAUAAGACAUGGAUUUAAUCACUGGAGUCAUAUGGAUGCCUUUAUGUGCUUUUUGGAUCUUCAAAGUUUUAGUGACCAUUCACUUGCAUUGUGAGGACCAACAGAGCUGAAAUAUUCUUCUAAAAAUCUUCAUUUUGAUUCUCCAGAAACACAUCUGGGAUGGCAUGAGGAUGAGUAAAUGAUGAGAGUAUUUUCAUUUUUAGGUGAACCAUCCAUUUUAUUGAACAAACUGUUUUCGUUUCCCUCUUAACCUUGAUUUCAUUCGAGUCAAAUUAAAUAUGUAAUCUACGCUGACUAAGGUCUAUGUUGUGGGACUUUUAGGACAUUUUUACCUCAUCUGACCCAUUAUACCCCUGAGGACCAUUACAUGUGUAUAUAACUGCAACAUUAGCACAUUCUGUUUAAGUGGACGUCUACGCACAAACACGUGAUGAUUUAGCCCCUCACCCAAAAGCACUCAGUAACGAGAGUUUAUUAAGCUAUAUGUAUGUUUGAUCUGUGUCCACGUUUGGCCAAAGGCGAGUCCUAGUAGUCUGCAUCAGUCACGCACUUUCGCCCAUUAUUUUAGAUGUGCCAUCUGUGGAACUUUCGUCUUACGUUUGAAUUGGUUCACUGCUUUAGACUUGGUUUACACAUGGUUUAUGUUCAGGCCUGUCUCUGUUCUGAAAUAAUGUGUGCUGUUAACUUAAACCAAACCUAUUCGUUUACUUACAAACGUUAAUGUAAGAACCAGGAUGUUAGUGUUGCUAAAAUUAGUGGUGGCAGGUUAAGAAAAAAUUGAAUUGAAAGGUCUGUUUAUGUUCUACAUUCAACAUCCUUUUUAAAAGGAAGUACUGUUUAUUCAACUAUUUUGUUGAUGUGCCUCUGGUCUCAUGAAGAAUCGUAGGAAUUGAAGUUGUCUGAUUUAAUACCUGGCUUCGAGAUUGGUGUUCAAACUGGGAAUGUGAUUUUGUUCUUUUAUUAGAUUGUUUACUCCAUGCUAGACAUAUUGCCAUUUUUAUGUAUUCUCUCAUGACUAAGAUUGCACAAAUGUAAGCCCUCGCUGGAAAGAAAAAAAUCAACACUCUUCUGACUGUAUCUAGACUUUCAUUUCCCUUUCUCUCUCCGAAGGCAUAUUAUUACAUUUAUUAGGGAUUUCUCUUUUUAUUUUGUUAGCAAGAUGACAUACUUGAGUGUACAUUUUACAUUAGCAAUCCCACUUUAUUGCCAAGGGUGAUGUGGUAUGCAAAUCAAAAAAUGUGAAAACACAGGGUUCAUGUUGGCCCAUUGCUGCUUUUUCAGUCAUUUGUAUUAUUUGUUCAUCUUUGUGUUAUUUUUAUGUCUGUGUGUUGUUGUACAGCCUGUUACAUAACACUAACAUUACCUUCCUUGUUUCUAAGAAAAUAAAAAUCCAAAAAAAGAGACAGUUAUGCACAACUUGUGGAAUCUGUUUCUGUGUCAUUUAUUAAUACAUGUCUGGGUGAAUACAUAACAUGUCCAGGUCACAUUUCACCCCAAAAUCAAGAGAGAAAUGAAGCCUUUUUUUUUUUUUUUUUAAGAGCAUUAAAAAAAAUUUUUAUUGCAGUGUUGCAUCUUCAGAAUCA